AAACUAGAGCGCUCAUAGCGCUCGGUGAUUUUUUCGUAACUCGACGAACGAGGGAGGUCACGCGCAAGGAAAGACUCGAGGAUCGCGAUCCAGAUAGGACUCGCGACCUGGAAGUCCUUCCUAAGUCCAUGCGGAAGCACGUGGCCCUAAGGUCAAGCGCUGUCGGAGGGAUAUGAGCAAAGGUUGUGGAAUUUGUGGGAUUUAUCCCCGGUGGCUGCGACAUCGUGCCACCCCAAAAAAUUUCAUCGCUGUGUACGGUCUCCUUGGCACUGUGCAGGCGAUGGCCUUCAUUUACAUCGUUGUCACCCUCACGACUCUGGAGAAAAGAUUCAAGAUACCUAGUCGCACAACUGGAUUAAUUCUUUCCGGGAACGAGAUCUCUCAAGUUUUGUCGCUGAUAUUAACCUACUACGGAGGCUCUGGACACCGUCCAAGAUGGAUCGCGAUCGGCGUGGGUCUCAGCGCGUUCUCGUGCCUGGUCCUUGCUCUACCGCACUUCCUGUUCGGUCCUGGCAGGGACGCGCUGGCGUUGACGAAGGAACACCUCGAUCAAACUCUGUUGAACAGCACCACGGCCCCCGAGGACCUGGCGAUCUGUCCCCGCGUCGUAAAACCGGAACGCUGCGACGAGGAAACGCUGAUGGACGUAAGCAUCCUUCCGCGACUGUUGGUGUUCCUCUCGCAGUUCAUCCUUGGUAUUGGCACAACGCUCUACUAUGGUCUAGGCCAGCCGUAUUUGGACGAUAAUACCAAAAAGAAAAACACUCCUAUGCUUUUAGGUUUCACGUUUGCUCUGAGAACAGUCGGUCCGGUUAUAGGAUUUCUGUUGGGUUACGGUUGCCUCAGCCUAUACAUAGAUCCUGCUUUGCAUCCUGUGAUCACCAAAAACGAUCCACGAUGGCUGGGCGCAUGGUGGCUAGGAUGGAUCAUUUUAGGCGCCACGAUGGGCAUGUUCGCUAUCCUGAUAGCCAUGUUCCCGCGUGAUCUGCCCACGAAGAAGACCGUCGCAAACGACACUGCCAAGAAGGACGGUAGCAUACCACUGAAACUGCAUUUGACCGCUCAAGAGCGAUACAUGACACCGAUGGAACCGAGGAAGUCGCUCGAGACGGAAUACAUACCGACUAUUCGUGAAUUUCCAACAGCCAUGAAAAGGUUGCUAACAAAUUGGCUGUUGACGUUCAACAAUCUAAGCGGGGUGUUUUACGUGUUGGGUGCGUCGGCUUACAUAACAUUUUUGGCGAAAUAUCUCGAAGUUCAGUACAGUACGUCCGCUGCUGGCGGUACAGUCAUUACAGGUCCGAUAUCGUUGGUGGGUAUGGUAUUGGGAUUCCUGUUCUCCGGACUGACUAUUAGCAAAUUCAAACCUGGACCUAGGCCACUGCUUGCAUGGAACGUGUUUGUUGGUGUCUGUUUCGUCGCCGGUCAAAUACUCUUCAUAUUCCUCGGUUGCUCCGACGUCGGCUUCAAAGGCCUCGACUUAGAGACUAUGCAAAUGAAUCUGUCGUUCAGUUGCAACCAGGAUUGUAACUGCGAGGGCGUGAAAUAUUCCCCGGUUUGUCACGAGGCGUCGAAGACGACGUUCUACUCAGCCUGUCACGCUGGUUGCCGGACCAUAAUCAACGACAAAGAGUUCGGUAGCUGCAGUUGCCUUCCUCUGUCCUACUCGUUGAUCCUCGACGACCACUUCCGGCAGUCGACGAGCCAGCCAAAGUUCGACAAAGUCAGGGCCGGGCCCUGCACCAGCGACUGCAGCCGCCCCUACCUCCUCUUCAUGGUUCUCACGUGCGUGAUACAAACGUUGGCGUGUUCCGGAAAAAUUGGUAACGUCCUGGUGAAUUAUCGGAGCGUGGAGAAGAGGGACAAGAGCUUCGCUCAGGGCAUCACGUUGAUGACGAUCUCUUUGUUCGCGCUGAUACCGGGCCCAAUUAUUUACGGAGCCAUCAUCGACUCGACUUGCUUGAUCUGGGAAGAGUCCUGCGGGACCAGAGGGAACUGCUGGUUCCAUCACGGACGGAACUUCCGGUAUUUGGUUAAUAUAACGUCGGCGGGGUUCUCGAUGAUAGGAGUGCUGUUUGACGCGGCGGUUUGUUAUCUCGGGAAGGAUUUGGAUUUGUACGGCGCCCAAGACGUGGACAGACGCCACGAAUUCGUCAAAGAAGACACCGCGGCGUCGAUCGCCGAUGGCGAGAAGAAGAAAGAGAUAAACGGGAACGUUAACUGACGAACGAGCUGACUGGGGUUGUUAUUUAAAUGUAUAAAAUUGAGAUUACACCGAGAACUGUUUGGUACCUGAACGUUAGAAUCAUGAUCAAUGUCGAGCGUGAAAAUAUUACGAGAUUAACUAGGAACGCGUAAGAUAACUUUUUAGUACAUUCCAUAUAUUCGAAUUUAUAGACGUUACAGAUUUAAAGCUAGAAUACUCGAACGACGUCGAUCUACGUUUAUAAUUUACGUUCGAAACUUCUCAGACUAUUCGUACGAUUGUACAAUCCCUAAUUGUUUGUAAAUAAAAUACGAAUUUUUAUUAAA